AUGCCGGGAACGGACGGCCACGUUAAAGCGGCAGUUAAAGCGGCACGCGCAGACCAUAUCCGAGAUAUUGGCAUGUUGAAAAGUGCGCUCAAGCAAGGCAUUACGAGCAGGCCUCUCCCUCCGAGUAUGGAGGAAGUACGACAAAAGUAUGGUUUGGACGGCCCCGAAUUCAACGGGUACUGGUAUCGAGCAGCAGAUGCAGAGCUACGGCACCGCACAAGAACAGAAUCUGCCGCAGUCCUUGAAAGAGCUGAACGCGCGUUGCAGGCGCGGCUAAAAGAGUUUGGGAAGGGUGUCACGUUGACCCACGAGGGUCUGAUGGCAGAAGCUAGACAACUUGCGACGCAGGCUGCCCGCGAGAAACAGGCCGCCCCCUUUAAGCGACACCAAAUGAUCACCAUGGAAAUCAAGAAAGUUCUACAGGAGGUCACGGUACCACAGGAGCAUGUGAGGGUGCUCAAGGGCCUUCGCUCGAGGAUUUCAGAAUUGGAACAUAUCAUGGAGCGGAUCGCGGGCAAGGGACUAACAGCUGACGAGGCUUCUGAGACAUACGGAUAUGGUCUUCCUGGAAUUGAUCCGCGGAACAAAGCUCAAUUCAUGACAGGAAAAGAAAAGCCGACUCUUGAGGAGAUUGAAAACUUCCAGAAGAUGAUGCAAUCAUCUACAUCUGAGCCUGUCCCCACAAAGAUCCAGCAGAUCCAACACCUGCUCGAUAUGUACAGGCAACAGGCCGCUGAUGUCGAGGACGAGACACAGAGGCUCAAGGAUAUUAGAAUUCGAAGGGAACAAGUACUUAGCAGGAGGCGCGAGUUGUUGGAACAAAUGAAGGCGCAGAAAGAGAAGGUGAAGGAAACCGAGCGUGCUGCCAAGGCUAAGAAGAAAGGUCCGGCAAGAGGCGACGUGGAUGCUAUAUUGGCGGAAGCAUUGAGAAGGCAAAAGAAAGACACUCCGGAGACAUUGCCUGAUCGGGGUGUAUCGGAACUGGAGGGUGUUGAGCCCAUUUUUCAGUCAGUGACCCAAGCCGACGAAGACACUCUGAGUCCAAUCAGGAAACCCGGUCUAGAAUCUCUCAGGGUGUUGAAACCGCGAGAAACGCGCGAUACUGCUGCGAAGGAUGAGAACGUUCUCGCCGACCCAAUCAUGGAUAAAUCGGAUACCUACACAGCUCCCACGGCGAGUACCGUCAGCCAGCCACCGAAAGUCAAUGAGAACAUCUUCCCAUCCACAGCAUCCGACAUCUUCGCCGUCACGGAAUCCCCUCCACCCAAACCAUACAUCUCGCCCUUCCUCGGCCUCAGCACAAGACCCCUACACAAACCAAGCAACGACCUCCGCCUCGACGUCACCCCCGCGGGCUUCGUCCCCAUUGACGAAAACCUCGUCGUCACCUUCGAAGCCGGCGUCCCCCACCUCCAAGCCCAAGUCCUCGAAAUGCGUAACCGCCUGAAACACGCCUACCCGCGCAUCGACAGCCUCCCUUACGACGUCUGGAAGAGCGAGAACCGACGCACUCUCCAAACCUGGCUGAGGAUCCUUGUCCGCAAAUGGCAGACGCGCUUCGACGACGUGGAAAAGUCUGGGCGAGUCGCCAAGAAGGCGAUGAGGGAUGUGAGGGUGGAAAAUGUGCUGGAUGAAAUGGUGCGGGAUCAUGAUCUUGAUAAUGAGGCGGCGGAGCGCAUGGCCAUGCGGUGGUAUGAGAUUUUUGGUCAUAGGGGGAGUAUGACGGGGGAUGCGGAGGGGAGGAUUGAUCGCGAGGAAUUGCAUGCUGGGGGGUUGGACUUUUUGCUCCAUGAGAGUGAGGGUGUGGCGGAGAAGGCGGUGGUGGUGGGUCCGUUGGAGACGAAGAUGCCGGUGGUGUCGAGCACAGUAGGUCCAUUGGAAACGAAGAUGCCAGAGGUAUCGAGCAGUGGGGGUUCUGUGGUCAACGCUUCGUCGGGUACUCUGUCUAUGCUCCGCGUAGGAGGGGGUCGAAGGAUGUAUUCCACAACCUCACAACCACCACCUUCAUCGACUCCAAACCCAAACGAAAAAACCACCACACCACCCUCACUCCCCCACCUCACACCCACCGGCACCGCGCACAUGAUAUCUGUCACCCCCAAACCACCCACCUCCCGCACCGCCAUCGCCACCGGAAAAGUGUCCUUCACAAACGCCACGCCCCUCACGCUCAUCCACUCCAACGCCGCGAAAAAAGGUGAUGUACUAGGUGUAUCCCGCAUCGCGGGCAUCAUGGCGGCGAAGAAAUGUUCGGAUUUGGUGCCGUUGUGUCAUCCCAUUGCGCUUACGCAUGUUGGUGUUGAGGUUGUGACUUUUGGGGCUGGUGGCGAGGGAGGUGGAAGUAAGGAUGGGGGAUUUGGUGGUGUGAAUAUCGAGGCAAAAGUACAGUGUGUAGGUCCCACGGGUGUGGAGAUGGAGGCAUUAACGGCGGUUAUGGGCGCGGCGCUUAGUGUGGUUGAUAUGUGUAAGGCGGUUGAUAAGGGUCAGAGGAUUGAGGAUGUUAGGGUUGUUGCGAAGGAAGGGGGGAGGAGUGGGGGGUGGAGGGAGGAGGGGUGGAGGAGUUUGGGGGAGUAA